AUGCCGGAGCGGGAGAGUGAGUGUCUCCGGAGGGGGCGGGGGGCGGGCCGUGUUUCUCCGUGGGGAGGGGGGGAUAGAGUUGCCCGCUGAGGCACCGGCCGCGUCUGAGAGAGAGUUUUCGUCUUCUUCUCGGCCGCCGCCUCGCCCCCUCACGCGCCCCCCGGAGCCCCGUCAGGCCCGCUGCGCCCCCGGAAGAGCGCGGCCGUGGAUCCGGCGCUUCGGAACUCCCUGCCGCUUGAGACCAGGCCGGCGCCUUGGCCGUGUCCCCCUUUGGGGCGCCUGCCGGAAACAGCCGCGCGCACCCUUCCCACGUUUCAAUGGGGGGUUGUGAAUCUUCCUCGAUUUUAUCGCCUCACCUUUGUGUUAAACCGCUCUGAGGGUUUUGUGUUGUUUUACAUUUUCUUGAAAUACCGGUACAUAGAUAAAUGAAUUUAGUUGCGCCUGUGGCACAUUGCCUGGGGCUUAAUCUGCGGGGUGGCUGGGAAGGAAGGGGGCGAUCCUAACUUGGGUAGGCAGUGGCAAUCCAGAGCAGCUGUGGGGGAAACGCUGCAGCCCUCCAGGCACUGAUGCAGUACAACUCCCAUUUUUCUCUUGCCGUUAGCCACAUUUUCUGGGGCUGAUGGAAAUUGUAGUUCAACAACACUGUGUGUGUGUGUGUGUGUGUGUGUGUGUGUGUAGGUUCCUCACCCCUGCUGUUAGAGCCUCCUGCUCUUUGCUAACUUUGUCUCCAGUUGCUUCCUUGCAGCAGAGAUAGCAGCUGGUCACACAACUCAUUGCAGAGCUGCAAAUGUGCGGUCUCUCUGACACACUGAAGUUACAUCUUCAUUGUUUGUUUGUUUCUUUUUCUCUGGCUGGUUUCAUUUCUGAAUGAAAACCCUGUAAUAAUCUGUGCAAAUGGUGUGUUUACAUGUUUGGCAGCACAGCAUGUGUAUCGCAUUGGCUUGAAAUCACUUCUUUUUCUUCUUUCUAGGUGAGCCGUUCUCUAAUCCUCUGGCCCCAGAUGGCCAUGAGGUGGAUGAUUCUCAUUCCUUUCACCAGUGAGUAGAACUUUUCGUUAUGUUUUGUGUUGGUUCAAGCGUCCUAUUUUUAUGCAAACUUUUUCAGCAGGGGGCUGGUCCACUGUCCCUCAGACCUUGUGGGGGGACUGGACUAUAUUUUGAAAAAAAAUAUGAACAAAUUCCUGUGCCCCACAAAUAAUCCAGAGAUGCAUUUAAAAUAAAAGGACACAUUCUACUCAUGUAGAAACACGCUGAUUCCCAGUCCGUCCGCAGGCUGGAUUGAGAAGGCGAUUGGGCUGGAUCUGGCCCCCAGGCCUUAGUUUGCCUACUCAUGGGUUAGCCAAUAGAUGCCUGCUUUUUUGUUUUUUAUUUGCUUGCAGAGGUUUUUCAGUCCAUACAAGCAUGUUGGCUAUUUGGUAUCAUAAAAUGGAAUUUGGAAAGUUUUUGUCCUUCAGUAAAUCUUGUACCAUGGUGUGUUGAAGGCAGGAUAAAAUAUUGUGGGGGUUUUUUGGCAGUAAAUCACAAUUGUUUUUAUUCUAGAUCUAAACUGACCAAUGAAGACUUCCGAAAACUUCUUAUGACCCCACGAGCAGCUCCAACAUCUGCACCACCUUCCAAAUCUCGCCAUCAUGAGUAAGCAUGUAAUUUCUGUACUACUUAACAAAACUUUGUUGAGGUCUUUCUCCCUGUCCCCCGCCCACCCCUGGUCAGCUGGUACAUACUUAUUCAGUACUUUGGCAUAAGCUUGUGUAUUCUGUAUAAUUUGGGCACAAAAUCGAAAGAAACUAAAUUGAGAAUUAGGUAUCUAAUGAGGCCAAUACAUUGGUCUUAAAACAAUAGUGAUAAUGCUUGGCAAUAAUAUAACACUUCAGAGCAGCAGUAUUGUUUUUAGUACCCUCUGGAUGUUGCUGGAUUAUAACUCUCAUCACCCUAAUCAUUGGCCAUGCUGGUUAGGCCUGAUGGGAGUUGGCUACCAAGAGGGCAUCAAGUUGGCUACUCCUGCUUUUGAGUGUUCAAAGCAUUUCACAUACAAUUAUAUCAGUCCUUACAGCAAUGAGAGAUAAGAUAGUAUUAUCCCAAAUUGUUAAUGAGAUGGGCAGAGACAGAGAGAACGCUACCAUAUAUGACUGGGGCAAAAUUUAUUUUGGGGAUUUUGCAGCUCCUAUGUUUUGCCAGGAUGCUACCUAGCUAUCGAAAUCUAUAUGCAGAUCUUAAAGUAUCCUCAAAACUUUCAUGGUCACCUUUGGCUUCCUUUGAAUGAGCUAGUUGUUUUAUUAAAUGGCAUGAAAUGACCUAUCCCAAGCAUGUUCCUAGCACACGGUCUCAAAGUUGGGCAUUCUGUGAGCACAAUUUUUUCUCCUGUUUAGGAUGCCAAGAGAGUACAAUGAAGAUGAAGAUCCAGCUGCUCGGAGGAGAAAAAAGAAAAGGUAAAUUGAGAGAUUUUGAUCCAAAGCUUUCCUAAGGCCCUGAUGUUUCCUUAAUGUGGAGGGAAAAUCCUAAAUAAAAACCCUGCCAGAAAAAGUCAGGCUCUUGGCUGUCUCCUCGCUAAGAGAGGGAUACCCAGUGAUUAGUUGACCUUAAAAGAAAUAUUGUGCCUUAUUAUCCCCAUUGAAUUACCUUCUGUAUAGUUGUGGUAAUGGACAUCUUCAGAAAUACCUGGAAACUUAGUUUUCAGUGCUUCUGCCAUCUUGACUUUUACCCUUGUUGUAGUGCUGAGAUUACACUUGUGACUUCAGUCAGUGAUUCACUUGGAGCUUGGUGGGGUAUUGCUUAUCCUCUUGAUCUUAUUAGAUCUUUCUGUGGCCUUUGAAAUCAUUGAGCAGGAAGUAUUGGUGACAUGUCUACAAAGCCUGUAGCCAUGUGCCAUCACUUCAGGGAGGCAGGAUCCAGAAAAAAGGCAUUUAACUGGAGAUGCCAGAGACAAGCCUUCACGAUUCUAGCUAUUAUCUCUGAAGCUGUUAAGAGAACUGGGAAUUCUCUUAUAAUACCAUGGUCUGAAUAUUUCAGUGAUAAUCGGUUUGUUUUUCUCACGCCAGCUACUAUGCAAAGCUACGCCAACAAGAGAUUGAGCGAGAGAGGGAGCUGGCUGAGAAAUACAGGGACCGUGCAAAGGAGAGAAGAGAUGGUGUCAACAAGGAUUACGAGGAAACGGAGCUGAUCAGCACAACUGCUAACUACAGGGCAGUGGGACCCACUGCAGAAGCGUGAGUGCAGUCACUGUUUUUGCCUUUCUGCUUUGCAAUACAAUGUAGCUCUGGUGUCAUGGAGUUCUUUUUAUUGCAUUAGGGACAAAUCAGCUGCAGAAAAGAGGCGGCAGUUGAUUCAGGAGUCCAAAUUCUUGGGUGGUGACAUGGAGCACACUCACUUGGUGAAGGGUCUGGAUUUUGCUUUGCUACAGAAGGUAAGCCAGAUGAUACAAUCAAUAGUAAAUCAGCAAUUCUCAUGUUUGAGAACCUCUUCCCCAUGUGUUCAGUGAGAUCUCCAAUAAUGUAUGUUGUUGAUAGCUAAAUUGCUAUUCCCUUUGCCACCAUUCCAUAUUUGAUAUGUAAUAUCUGUUCCUUUAAGAAUUUUUUACUUCUGUUUGAUCAAGAACACUAUGAUAAUCUAUGUAAUAUUAAACUUGUCUGGAAUUUUGGAAUAACUCUGGAUUAUGUUCUCUGCUUUAAGAGCUAAUUAAUUUUCUGCAAUGCUUUUUCUGAAGAACGUCUUUCAUAAAUCUUCAGUGUCUUUUAUUGGCUGCUAGAGAUUUGGUUGUUAAGAGAUUGUUGUUGGUUGUUAAGUUAUGCAGUUGGCCUAUAACUGCAUAAGAUAAACUACUUCAUAUAUGUGGUCACCUGGUACUUCCUCUGUCUGAAUGGCCACUGACUGUAUUUUUCAGAUGCGAAUAAAGUAACAGGUGGGGAAAUUUGACUUUAUUCAGCCUCCACCUUGUUCUGGUAAUUUAUCUCUUCCUGAAGGGAUUAAGGCUAUUAUAAAUAAAUAAACAGUACUGUUGAUUUGUUUUUCAGUUACAAUGUUGUUUAUAAAUUAUUUAUAGUUUAGGGUAGCAUUUUUAAAGUCUUCAUUGAGUUUUCCAACAUACACUGUAUACAGAGCACACAUGGUGUGAUAAAAAUCACACCCACCCAAAAUUAGUAACAAAACCAGGAGUAACAUAACACUGACACAGUCUUAUACAAAUAAUUUCAGGUUCAUAUACUCUGUGUAGAUCAGCAAUUGAUACUGCCACACAGGUAACUCCAGAGCAACAUACAUUCCUUUGCCGACGUGUAAGAUAAAGGGCAUCUAAACCUUAUCCAAUUUGUUGGGUUUUGGGACUCUGCUAGCAUUUUGAAGAAAAUUUCUCUCUGGUCAGGUGCGUGCUGAGAUUUCCAGCAAAGAAAAGGAAGAAGAGGAACUGAUGGAGAAGCCCCAAAAAGAAACCAAGUAAGUGGUAACAAGACAAACUCUGGCUUGUGACUUUCUAGCUCAGGCAUAGGCAAACUCCAGCCCUCCAGAUGUUUGGGCCUACAAUUCCCUUCAUCCCUGACCACUGGUCCUGUUAGCUAGGGAUGAUGGGAAUUGUAGUCUUAAACAUCUGGAGGCCCGGAGUUUGCCUAUGCCUGUUCUAGCUUAACAGAGAAUGUAGUCUAGAGAAGAGGCAUAUUAUAUCUAUUCAUUUUGUUUCUCCUUUAGAAAAGAUGAAGAUCCAGAAAACAAAAUUGAAUUCAAGACUCGUUUGGGUAGGCAUGUUCAUAUAUGUUCUAUGAAGCUUGGUUGCAAUGUUGUGAUUAUCACGGUACCAUGAGCAAGUAACUAAAAUAUUCUAGUGUCACCAAAUCCCCAUCCUUCCUAGGUCGGAACAUCUACCGAAUGCUAUUCAAGAGCAAGGCAUAUGAGCGAAAUGAGCUCUUCCUGCCAGGGAGGAUGGCGUAUGUGGUGGAUCUUGAUGAUGAAUAUGCAGACACAGAUAUCCCUACCACCUUGAUCCGAAGCAAGGCAGAUUGCCCUACCAUGGAGGUAUAAAUUAUGAAUGCUUUCUCUGAAUGAGCAGGUGCGUUUCUUGUUGUGUGUAUGAUGAGGCACACAUUAUCUAUUGGGGUCUGAUACCUUUGACUUUCCUUCUAGGCCCAAACAACACUGACUACAAAUGACAUCGUUAUCAGUAAACUGACCCAGAUUCUUUCCUACUUGAGGCAAGGCACUCGUAACAAAAAGUUGAAGAAGAAAGACAAAGGUGGGCCUUGUAUUUUGGGAUCUGACGGGAUGUACAGAUCUGACGGGAUCUUUUCCCAUAAGCACAAGGGGCGUUGAAGGGAAAGUGUCAUUAAAAUUUGUACAAAUUAAACAAAUGGCAGGGAGACACCAUAGUUUUGCUUAUCAGAAUUCUGAUGCUAGUGUUGUUGUUUUUUACCCAGCAGGGGUGAGUUCCUAGUUCAGGAAACCACUUAAAAUGGAAAAAUUAGGGUGAACUGUACUUAAUCUGCAUCUUCUUGCAUCUUCGAGAGGUGAAGAGGCACAAGCUGAGUGAUCUCAACUGUCAAGCAUGUAGUUUCACAUGCCACAAUGCACAGAUGCCACAUAUAUCUGUAGCAUAAUGUUUUCAUUAUCCCCUCCUAAGACAACAAAGCUGAAACAGAUAACAUGAACACAGAAGUAGGUUUAUUCUGACUUCUUUCUGUUUGUAGGAAAACUAGAUGAAAAGAAACCUCCAGAAGCAGAUAUGAGGUAAGUAAGCUACUUUUGCUGGGUGGAUUAUCCUCCAGGGUUUUAGCAAGACUCCUUUUAAUUGCAUUUGGCAACCUUGACGAGAAGCUCUUACUUGGUUGAAAUGAGAGGUCUUGAAAGCUCCUCCAGCAGACCUUGGGAGGGAUGAUGGGAAUUGUAGUCUUAAAUAUCUGGAGGGCCGGAGUUUGUCUAUUAGAAAGUGGGCUAAUUUUGGCUUAUCACUCUCCCAGAGCGCAGGAAACAGUAAUAUUUUAGCAAGAAGAAGCCACCUUAGGAUCCAUUAGAUUGGUAGCAGGAUUGAUUGAUGGAGUAAUUUGUUCAAGGAGCCUGUAAGAAAUGUUCUACUGUUUUUGAGGCUAGUGUAUAUUUAUGUUUCAUGCCUUUUUAAUUUGUAUCUUUUUGGCAAAAAGUAUUUUUGAGGACAUUGGUGAUUAUGUGCCGUCUGCGGCAAAAGUGCCACGAGAGAAGGAGCGUGAGCGGUACAGGGAACGGGACCGAGAGCGGGAAAGAGAGAGAGAGCGAGACAGGGAACAUGAGAGAGAUCGUGAGCGCGACCGAGAGAGAGAGCGUGAACGUGAGGAGGAGAAGAAGAGGCACAGCUACUUUGAGAAACCCAAAGCUGAUGAUGAGGUGAGCAGACAGUACUUUGGCCAUGAAAACUUUCUAUACUGCCCUUCCUCCAAGGGUCACAGAGCUGGUUACAACAUAAAAACACAAAAAUGCAUAACAUGGUAACAAACAAAAAACAACCACCCACAUUUAAAAGGACAUAGAUGGUUUAAUCAGCUGGAAGAAGAGGAAUGUUUCUGCCUGGCACCCAACCACUACUGGGAUAAAAUGGGUAUAAAAGCCACCUAGAGGUAGGGAUAAUUUGAUACUGGUGAUUUGUUUUAAAUAAGUUGAGACCAUGUGUUAAAUGGUGCAGAUUUUCCAGUCUGGGCUCAGGAUGAAUAUUUUGGCAAGGGAGAGAAGGCAGUGGAGUAUACUGUAUGUAUGGAGAAGAAUUAGCACUUAACAGGCCUGCACCACUUCACCCUGCUCCCAACAAAAGACUGAUGUUCAUCUUGCUUUUUAGUUGCCAUGUUAGAGUAAUGUGCUCUUUCUUUCCUCCUUAGCCUAUUGAUAUCGACAAAGGUAUGCUUCUUUAAUUGGUUUUUCACAAUUUUAUACAUUUCAUACAUUAAAAUAAAAGGUUCUUUUGAACCAAAGGUAUGCUUCUUCUUAACCUUCUUAUGAAACUGUUUCCAGGACCUGGCUCAGCCAAAGAGUUGAUUAAAUCAAUCAAUGAGAAGUUUGCUGGAGCAGGUGGCUGGGAAGGGCCAGAAUCAUAUCCUUUUUAUAUGCAUAUACAAAUGUGUGCUGGCACUGGGUGCAAAUAG